AUGCCGCGUUCAUUUCUUGUAAGAGGAAGGCAAAGUAGCUCGGGUCCUACAGAAAAAUCUUCAAACACAAGUAAAGAAAAAAUUUCAGGUGAGAGAAUUACCCGACAAAUUAUGUGCUUGGAAUAUAUAUAUAUAUAUAUAUUUUUUUUUUUUUUGAAAAAAGAAGCACACGCACAAUCCUUUUUUUAGAAAAAAAUUGUGAAUAAUCAAGAAGAAGUGAGAAAGAAUUGAACAUGAUUUGAUUGUCCCGAGUACGCUUUGGUGUUAAAAACUAAAGAGGGUCACAAUUCUGUGUCGUCAAAUGAAUUCUGACUGGAUUCGGGGAAACCGCCCCACACCGAGUGAAAUCACGCAGGAAGUCUCAAACACAAGGAUUACUCUUAGACGCGAGAGUAGCAACAUCGACCAAAACUGAGGUUUCAUUCCCAAAUCCACUGAUUACUAACUAGGAGGAUCAUUCCUCUGGUCUAAAUAUUGUCUUUCCUGAAGUCAUAGAAUAUAAGAAGGCCUUGGCCAUUCAGGAUAGUCUGCAAGCCACGAACUUUUCGUUCUAAAUAAGCUAAGCUUUCUCGAUCAUCUAUAAAAACGCACUUUUAAGUACAAAUAGCGAAUAAAAGAGUAAAGUAACUGUUUAUCUUUAACGAAGUAAAUGUGUAACAAAGGAAUAGACAAAAUUUACGAACUAAUUUGUGCUUGGCUGUUCACGAAAGAUGUCAAAAAUUCUGCUCUCUGCUAUAUACGUCCAUUAUCUCUACCGACUAUGAUAUUGAACAUUUAUUGAAUAAGAUAAAUCGCUUUUAAAAAUCUUAUGGUAGGAAAGAAAACCUGUUCAUUCGUAAUGCCCCAUUUAAUUAGUCAUAAGGAAUCUUUUUCGAAAUCGCUGUAAAUUGGUCGAUUUUAGAGAACCACGUUCGAAACAAUUUAUCUUAUCUCGUUAAAUGCUCUAUUUUGCAACCCCGCCGGCGAUAGUUAAUUGCUUAACUGAUAAAAAUGGCGUAUUACUCACAAGAAAAAAAUUUAGUUUUUAUUAACCUUAGUCUUACAGUUAAAAAAGAGAACAAGUUAAGCAGGACAACGAGAUCUGCAGAGAGAUUUCGUAGCAGAGAGACAUGGUCCUUCUAAACAAUGACCACACAAGCAGAUAUUACUUCAAUGUGCGGGACGGUUCCCUUUUUACAUCUGCGUUCCCAUAAAUGGGUACCUGAAUCACGCAUGAAAUUGUCCUUUUAACAUCACGCUAAAAAUCCAUGGAUUUCCUCAACAAAUAUCAUGUCAAGGGUAAAAGUACGAAAAUAAUUCUAUUUUCAAAAAGUCAGUACGCGCAAAUGAAGUGUGUCUGUUUCUGCUCUGUUUCGUUACUUGGUAGCACUUUGCGCACAAGCAGCAAUGCGUAGCGGCACUGUCCAAGCACCUUCGUUUUAUUACGAUAUCAGCCUUCAGUGUCAUCUCCGAUCGACUAAAAAUUCGUGUUUCUUUCAAACAUUCCCUUUAGUCGUGAGUUCAAUACUUAUGCUGUAUUGUUGUCUUCUUUCCCUCAGAAAAUAAAACGGAGAAUUCAUGUGCGGACAAAUCAGCAGCUUCUACUACACCAGCCUACACUACAGAGCCUUCUCUUGUUCACGAUUCUAUAUUCACUCACACUCCGAACACAAAGGAAAGCCAACAUAUCCGACUUCCCACCCUUGUUCGACGUCCUGGCCCUGAAUUGUUUGACUCUAAGUUGCAGUUUGGCUUUCCUAAGAUUACGUUCCCCAUGACGCCACCGUCUCCGUUUGUGUUUAGGCCCGUUCCGAGGUAUGGGAGUAUUACAUACCCUUUCGGAUGCCCAAACUUUACUGGAAACCCAACGGGGAUGAACUUCAACCAUGUAGUUCAUCAGUCGUCUUUUAUUCCUAGACCGUACCCACCAGAAGCGUUCAUUCCCACGGCAGGCCCUCCAAGCUAUCGGGUACCCACGAGUUUCAACGACCUUGAGGGACGAGAGACUAAAAAUUGCGAUGAAACUGCACCUAACGACUCGAUCGCCUUAAAAACAAAAGUCUACAAAUGCCUGGAAUGUGGCAAAGAAUUUAAGAGGCCUUCGAGUCUUUCAACACAUAAACUGAUUCACUCGGAUCAUAAGCCGUACUCGUGCAGCUACUGUGGAAAAAACUUCCUUCGCAAGUCUGACAUGAAGAAACAUACACUUAUGCACACAGGAGUGAAACCCUUUCAAUGUAAGCAGUGUGGAAAGGUAUUUAGCCAGUCCUCCAACAUGUUAACGCACAUGAGGAGACAUACAGGAAUUAAACCAUUCCCCUGCAAGAUUUGCGGAAGACGAUUCUACAGAAAAGUCGAUGUUCGCCGUCAUACCAUGCGACACGAGUACAGAACAAGCAUUGAGGAAGAAAACGCUUAG